CACAGGGCAUGGCCAAAACCACCACCCCACGCCCCACGCGCCCCCCCCCCCCGGCAGAAAAACAAAGGCAGAUCAAGGGACUCUCCAAGAGUCAACAGCCAACCAGCAUCAAGGACCUUGCCCGUCCUGUUUCCACUCCUGUCCGAGCAUUCUGCGGGUCCAGGCAGGCAGCAUGUUGACGCUUCUGGCAAUGUCCCUGCCUCUAAGCCAGAAGCCAUGGAGGAGAUAAGGUAGCCCCUGUUCCUGGAUUGGAUUGGAUGGGGAAGCCCAGUUCAAUGGAUGCAAAAUACAAGGAUGACUUGUUCCGGAAGUAUGUGCAGUUCCACGAGGCCCAAGGGGACGCCACCCCCAGCAGUGAUGAGUCCCUGCGGGCGGCAGCCUCCACCCUCCUCAGCCUGCACAAGGUGGACCCCUUUCAUCGAUUCCGGCUGAUCCAGUUCUAUGAGGUGGUGGAGAGCUCCCUGCGCUCGCUCCGCUCCUCCAGCCUGCGGGCCCUGCGCUGCGCCUUUAGUGUGCUUGAGACGGUGGGCAUCAACCUCUUCCUCUGCCCCUGGAAGAAGGAGUUCAGAAGCAUCAAGACCUACACCGGCCCCUUCGUGUACUACGUCAAGUCGACGUUACUGGAGGAGGACAUCCGAGCCAUCCUGAGCUACAUGGGCUACGUGCCCGAGCUGGGGACCGCCUACAGGCUCAAAGAGCUGGUCGAGACGCUGCAAGUGAAGAUGGUCUCCUUCGAACUUUUUCUGGCCAAGGUGGAGUGCGAGCAGAUGUUGGAGAUCCACUCGCAGGUCAAGGACAAGGGCUACACGGAGCUGGACGUGGUGAGCGAGCGCCGGGGCAGCGCGGAGGACGCGCGGGGGUGCGCAGAGGCCCUGCGGCGGCGUGCCGAGGCCCGCGAGCCGCUGUCGGCCUCGAUGGCGCGCGUGGUGCUGCAGAAGUCGGCCAGUGAGCGGGCGGCCAAAGACUACUACAAGCCCCGCGUGACCAAGCCCUCGCGGUCGGUGGACACCUACGACAGCUACUGGGAGAGCCGGAAGCCUCCCCUGAAGACCUCGCUGAGCCUCCGGAAGGAGCCGGCGGCCGCCGAGCCCGGGGACGAGUUCAAGGACGAGAUCGUCCGCCCGACGCCCUCGCUCCUGACGGUGGCCGGCUCCCCGCACGGCGGCGCCGACGACCUGCCGGCCCCCGCUCCCAGCAACGGGCUCGGCCUGCUCCGCGGCCCCUACCUGCCUGGCCCGGACGACGUGGAUCUGUACACGGACGCGGAGCCCCGGGCUGCCUACCGGAGGCAGGACGCCCUGCGGCCCGACGUCUGGCUGCUGAGAAACGACGCCCACCCCGGCUACCACAAGCGCUCGCCCCCCGCCAAAGAGUCCGCCCUCUCCAAGUGCCAGAACUGCGGCCUGGCCUGCAGCGCCGCCCUCUGCCUGCGCUGCGACAGCCAGCUGGCCUGCUCCCCGGCCGCCAAGCCCAGCGCCUUCCCCGGCAAAGCCUCCGGCCACGACAGCCUGGCCCACGGGGCCGCCCAGCGGGAGAAGUACGCGGGCCAGACUCAGGGCCUCGAGCGGCCGCCGCACCUCCACUCCAAGUCCAAGCUACCCGCCGCCGCCGCCACCUCCCGCUGUGGCUUCUGCAACCGCCCGGGGGCCGCCAACACCUGCACCCAGUGUUCCAAAGUCUCCUGCGACGCCUGCCUCAGCGCCUACCAUUACGACCCCUGCUGCAAAAAGAGCGAGCUGCACAAGUUCAUGCCCAACAACCAGCUGAACUACAAGUCCACCCAGUUCUCCCAUCUCGUGUACAGAUAGAUGCCACCCCGCGCCUCCCUGCUCCAAGGGCUACACCUCCGACCUUUCUGGUGUCACGGGGAAGCAGUGUUAAGGCCAUAGAUCUCAGAAGCAGAGCCCUGCCCUUGACCACGCGGGUGUUGGGAGAUCCUGGGACCGGCCACCCCACGUGGGAGUUCCCUUACCGACUCAGAUUAUUUCAACUGAUGGCUGCUUUGUCGUCUGGCAGGAGAGAGGGUGGCGCUUCGGUUGGGAUUCCUUUUUUGCUAAUCUCUCCACUCCUUGUUCUUUUUUUUGGGGGGGGGGCUUGUUUCUUCAAGAUGGUUUCUAUCUCUGGGACUCUUGCCGACCCCUCACUCCCAUGGCGAAGCCAACUUGGAUUGGGAAGGGCCCCCCCGGGUCGCUUCCAGAUGCACACCUGGAGCGGUGAGCUAGAGGCCUGUUGGCUUGUGAAAUGAGCCCUCCUGCCACACCGGGCCUCCUCCACUGGCUCAUCCCUCCGCCGCUGUCCCCAAACACCGGGACCCCCGCCGGCACCCCCCCGCCUGCCUUCCCUGCCUCUAUGCGUCAACGGUGACCCGAGCCCAGGAUUCACUGAAUGUCAUGCUGUUGCCUCCACAGCUCAGCGCAGCCGUGGGGUCUGUGAACUUCGCCCUCACGCUCUGCAGUGUGGACCUUCCACCGCGGCACUGACCUCCCCCCUCCUUCUGUUGUUUGCACAUCCUUCUCUUCCUGUAUUGUACAUAGAUAUUUUUGAGAUUUAUUUUUAAAUAAAUAUUCAACUUGCCGUGUGUUUCAAAGUGGUGAAAACAUUACCGAUGUAGCUAUUUAUAAAGAUGCCCCAGGUUCUUUAGUCUUCCAGGGGAGGGGCUCAUGCCCUUCCACCUUGUUGCCUCUGCUCGCCACCGCCCAAAGUUCAAGUGGAGCGUGCAGGCUUGGAGAAGGAACAGAGAUGAUGUCCCCUGGGCUCGUGGAGAGCCGCUGUCUUCCCUGCAACCAAUCUCAACACCUACCUCCAGUGCGCACCUCGGGGGGCUCGUCCGGGCUGAGAGGUCUCUGCGCCUGCAGACUGUGACCACCCAGUGACGAGUCGGGAACCUCACCCUGCGGACCUCCAGCCUGGUCUUCGCCGCUUGCUGAGUGUGGGCCUUGCGCUGCAGUCUCCUCGAGUCUCAGUUCAGAAGGAAGAGGGUUUGGAUCCCCACCACCCCUCCACCUCAGUCCUCUCCUCUUCACCUGUUUCCAGGACUCCUCUGUAACCUACAUGACCUUUUUGCACUAGAGGUGGGCAGGAGUCGGCAUGCGCCCAGCAGACGGGUGCCUCCUGAGAUUCUUAGCCGAGCCUCAGCGCUUCCAAACCCGAAGGCCCCUUAAACUCCUUAUGUGAAUUAACUGACCCCGGAUUAUCCUUUUGGGUUACAGAGGAGGAGCGGGGCAAGAUUCUGAAAAUAAAACUGCUUCCGUGUGAACUAAUAAUAUAUUUUAGCCAUAAGUGUUGGUGAUGUACAGAAUGUUACGGGGAUUGACCUGCAGUGGGUUUUGUGAUGGGAGGAGGUAUUCAGCUCCUGAGCACAUUUCCAUCUGGCUGAAUCCUGAGGCCACUGUGAAUUUGCUGAUGUUCUUCCAACUCAGUUGAGAGAUUUUAAGGUUUUCAAAAUCUUCUAUGGCUUUUUUAUAUAUAUAUAUCUCUAGUAGAUCACUUGUAGAUAUUCCAUGUGUAUAUAAAGCUGAGUUUCAACCAACUUGAUUACUAAGGCCCUCCCACUGGGGGCACCCAUCUUCGAUGUCCUCCUUCCUUUUCACAUCUCAGAGGUGUCAAUGCCUGUCCCAGUCCUGACUUUUCCAGUUUUCCAUUUUCAGACUGCUCUAGCACUACACUAACUCUUAACCAACCGUGAUGCCACGUAACUCACACAGCAGACAGAAGCAGGAAUAACCCACUUGUUCUGGAAGAGAAAGUCCAGCGUGGGUUAUCAUCACGGAAACACUGUGUUUGUGGGUUGGAAUAGGAAAUGCUGUGACCAUGCUCCUCGGUGUGUAUCUUUAAUUGUAUGAGGUUGCUGUGAUUGAGAUAAAUAGAUGCUAAUUUAAAAAUGCAGAUGUUUGCAUUUGAUUUCUACCAAGAGUUGAAAUGUUGAGAGAUGCUUUAAAAAAUAAUAAUAAAGUGUCUUCCAUUGUUAA